AUGAGUUGUGACUCGACUCAAGCACUGCCUGAUUGCCUGGUGGGAUCCCUCGAGACUGCCGAAGGAGCCAUGGACGAGAGAGUGGUGCGACUGGCGAAAUCUUCGGGGUGCCUCGUUCGAGUGCAGGGGCCCGAUCCCAAGGGCCGUAAGCUGCUGCGGUUCGACUUUUACCAGUCCAGGGAUGAGGGUAGGAUUUCUCACGCCAUUCGUCCUUGGUAUCCCCUCCCUCUUCCCCCUCCACCCUUGUGCUCCUACCCUCCCAUUCCUUUUCCGCCCUACUCUUUUACCUGCCCACACCCGUCCCGGCUACACUCCCUCCUGUCCUCCCACCCCUGCUCGCCCCUUUCCCUCUACCCGUCCCCCCCCCACCACCAUGUAACUCUGCAACAGCCAUGUCAGCACUGCCAAUGGAACAACAGCCGUGUCAGCGUCUGGCAUCGUGCUGCCUGCCGGGGCGACUGUCUGAUUCCUGAGGCGCUUAAAAUAUCUCGCCCCUCCGCCGUACCCCCCACCACCUUCCCUCCCAGCAACGGCACAACAGCCGUGUCAGCGUCUGGUAUCGUGCUGCCAGGGGGACUGUCUGAUUUUGGACCCCAGCUGGAUGGGCAUGUGGGGGGGGGCGGGGGGAUGGUGGCAGAAAAGGAGGAGGUUAAGAGGAGCAGGUGGGAUGGGGAGGAGGUGACAGUGAUUGUGCCUGGGAGGAUUGUUCGCUCCUUUGUAAUGCAGCAGCAACAGACGUCCAAGUACCAACCCGUGCAGCAACGCUGGCGCUUUCAACAGCAGCAGCAGCAGCAGCAGCAGCAGCAGCAGCAGCAGCAGCAGCAGCAGCAGCAAAGCGCAUCGGCACCCCAUUUGCUUCCUGGCACGCGCAUCGACAUUACCCUUGAGGUACCCCCGCAGUCACAGCCCUUCUCUCUUCCAGCGGAUCUCCUCUGCUUUGUGAGUGCCUGCCUCUGUCGUAGGAGAGAAGAUGUGAAGAGUAGUUACAAGGUGGAGCUUCCAGGCAUGAGCUCUUACCUGGCAGCAUCACUCCUGGCCUCUAACUCUCACUGCCCACCCAUCCUCCCCUCCAUCUUCCUCCCUUCUAUCCCCCUUCCUCUUCCCAAACCCCCCUGGACACCUCUCUCUUUGAUUUUCCAGGUGGAGCUUCCAGGCAUGAGCUCUUACCUGGCAGCAUCAUUCCAGGCCUCUAACUCUGACUGCCCACCCAUCCUCCCCUCCAUCUUCCUCCCUUCCCUCCCCCUUCCUCUUCCCAAACUCCCCUGGACACCUCUCUCUUUGAUUUUCCAGGUGGAGCUUCCAGGCAUGAGCUCUUACCUGGCAGCAUCAUUCCUGGCCUCUAACUCUCACUGCCCACCCAUCCUCCCCUCUCUCUCCCCCUCCCUGUCAUCCGGAGUGCUCUCAGCAGUGCUGCCUGCAGGGAUCCUAGCCGUCGACCUGCCCGUUUUGCCAGGCAUGGAGGGGGCGCCCGUGUUAGACGCCAUGGGAUGCAUCAAGGCCAUGCUGCUGCCACCUGUGACCAUGCACCAUCCUCUCAUGCCAUCAGCCACCGUGACCAUCACGGUUGCUGUUUCCAUCUCAUUGAUCGCAUCUGCCAUCCAGUCGGCGUCCGACACGUCAUCGCGCACCCAGGAAUCUUCAGCUGCCCAACCGAAGCCGCACAGGGCCCAAGUUCCUGCAUCAGAUUUUAUAUUUUUUAGAAAGAUGAACGAUUUACCGUUUUAUAAGAUCGAUGCUGCAUCAUGCCGAGCAGUAGACACAGCUCCAAUUGCUUGCAGCACCGGUGAAAUGCUCCCACUGAAUACACAAGUACAGCGCUCCCUUGCAGCAGCUGCCGUACCAGACACACGGCCAUCCCUUGCAGGAGCGGCAGGGGUAGGACUAGGAGCAGGAAGAGGAGAAGGUAUAGGAGUAGGAAGAGGAGGGGCAGGAGGAGGCGUGGUGAGAGCGGUGGCAGCAGCACUGCCAUCCGUUGUAGGCAUAGUGGUGGGGGGAACAGUGUGGGGCUCUGGAGUGAUCAUUUCCCCCUCUGGUCUCAUACUCACCAAUGCUCACAUCCUCACUCCCUUGCUCAAGCAGCGGCAGCUGUCAGUUCAGAGAACGAGUUUCCACAAUUUGAGUUCUGAGAACCCUUCGGAAACCCACUCUUCAACCUUUUCCUCGUUCCUCUCUUCUCCUCCAUCUGUCUCCUCCUCGUCCUCGUCCACCUCCUCCUCCUCGUCCCCUUUCUCAUCCCCUUCUCUUGACCUCCUCUCCUCUCCCCCUGCUCACGACAUUUGGGUUCGAGUUCCGUCCUCCUCUUCCCUUCUUUCCUCCACUCCACCCUCCUCCCUUGUCUCCUCCAACCCAUGUUUCCCACCAGCAGCAGCAUGGGUGCGGGCAGGUAUCAUCUAUGUGUGCUCUGGCUCCCUGGACGUUGCCCUGCUGCACCUGCACCAGAUACCACCUGCACCUGCACUUGAACCUGCACCUCUAGAUAACAGACAGCACCUGCACCAGAUACCACCUGCAUCUCUGGACCACAGUCAGUCCCUGCACCAGAUACCACCUGCACCAUCAAGACAUACCUACCCCAGACAAACGCACCAGCAUACGACCACAGCACAGCCAGCAGAUUCAAGCGAGGGGAGUCCACAACAACCCAGCAGCAGCAGUCUGGCUGUCCGUCCCAUUCGCCCAAGUGCCUCGGAGCCUGAGUGUGGCUCUACAGCUGUCGUCAUUGGUUAUGCUGUCUUCCCGCCCGCUGUGGCCACUCCCCCAUCAGUCUUCUCAGGCAUCAUCUCUCGAAUUGUCUCAGUCGACCUGCAGCACGAGCAGCAGCACGAGCAGAGAUUUGAGACCAAGAGCAGCAGCACUGGCUCACCUGAUGGGUUGAGAGGCGGGCAGCAAGAGGUAGAGGCGUGUCAGAGCACAGCGGAGCAUACAGGGGCGCUUGAUCAAGGGAGAAGAGGAGGAAAGAGAGGAGGGAGGGUGGCAGCGGCGAGUCAAAGCACAGUGGAGCAGAUAGGGGCGCAUGAUCAAGGGAGAAGAGGAGGAAAGAGAGGAGGGAGGGUGGCAGCGAUGGUGCUGACGACUGCAGCAGUGCAUGCCGGGGCGAGCGGAGGGGCGGUGGUGAAUGCACAGGGGGAGAUGAUCGCACUCGUGACAAGCAAUGCCAAGCACAACCGCCAUGGCACCAUCCUCCCGCACCUCAACUUCUCCAUCCCCCUCGCGCUCCUCCUUCCCGUCUUCCACUUCGCUUCAUCCCUCCACUCUUCCCUCCACACCUCCCACCACUCCCCCCCCCACUCCCCCCUCUACUCCCCUCCCCCUCCUCCAUUCUCCCCUGCAUGGGCCUCCGUCGUACAUCUCCUUCUCACUCGCUUCCUCCUCCCCCUCAACACCCCCUCUCCAGCCAUCCACGCCCUCUGGUCCCUCGCCCCCUCCUCCCACCUCACUCUCCCUGACAUCCCUCGUCCCCCGCUGUCUCUCUCUCGCCUCAUCACCCCCUCAGUACAGACAAACAGAGCCAGGUUAUGA